UGUUACAUGUCAAAAGUGUCAAAUAAAAAAAGAAUUUACAAGAGUUUUCGAUUUUUUGACGAAAAAUUAAUAUAAUUUCAAACAAAUAAAAUAAAAGCCAAUAAAAUUAAAUAAAAACUAUAAAAGUUGCAUUUGGAAUAUGGCAACUUAUUCCAAUCCGCAUUGGUUAUUAUGCCAUAUACGCAAUUCCUUCAUUUCCACCGAUGAUACGGGUAUGUGUGAGACGGUAAUGGUCAGUGAUGAUCUACCCAAACAUUAUCUAAGAAAAUACCAGGGCAAUAGUUUAACACGUUAUGUACAGCAGCAGCAACAACACAGACGUUCCCUGGGAUCUACGCCACAGCAGCAGCAACAGCAAACUACACAUCAUCGUAACUAUGAUCCCAUUUUGCAAGAAGUCGAUUUUGUCUGCUAUCCUGGCUUGGAUCAAAGCGAUGACGAAGAUGUUGACUUGACCGCUCAAUCAUUUGACAUACAAAUGUAUCCCGAGGUGGGUGCUCAUCGUUUUCGUUCAAAUACUGCACAAAAAUUAGAAAAAAUGGAUAUAGCCAGACGUAAAGCGGCCAAAACGAAGUGUGUUAACUAUGAUGAUGACAUUGUUCAACCGGAACGUAAUGAUUUUUUCGUACGCAAAUUUAUUGGCUCUCAAGAGAAGUUGAUGCAUCAGAAUGAGGGUAUUAAAAGUAAACUAACGCUACAAUUGGCAAAUAGUCCGAAACAAGUACAAAAUAAAUUUCAAGAAUAUGCAAAAUUCGAUGGUACAUCACAGACGGGCGUGCAGACGAAACGUAUAAAUGUGUUCUUAAGUAUGUUGCCGGAGAAGGAGAGAAAUUAUCCCAUAAAAAUAUGUGUUCUUUCGCAUGCCAAAAUAUCGGAUGUUAUUGGCUUAGUAUGCUAUAAGGCUACUGUAGAAUUUCCAGAUCUUCCUCUUAAAUCCAUACGGCAUUAUGGCUUAUACAUGACUGAAGAUAAUGAUGAUCUAGAAGACUUUCCACCACUAGAUCAUCGAGAACCGUGUUCAAAAUUUGGUUUUUCUCACUUAACACUGGCCGAAAGAAGACCCAUGGGUAUAGAACGUGAUUAUGGUCAGCCUACAAAAUCUAUGACAUCAGAAGAAGAGAAAGCCCGACUGGCGGCUAUGGCACUACAUUCCCUUAAUUGCACCGGUGUAGGAUCAGAUGGUUUCCAUAGUCCCGAAGAUAAAGAUGAUGUAGAUGGCAGUAAUAACAUUUUCGUUGCUGAAGGUCGGGUCGACGAUUUGGAACAACGUAUUUUAAGUCAAGAUGAUAUGUUAGAGGCUCCCGUAUAUCGUAGUUAUAAUUUGAAUAUUAUCGAUAAGAAAUUCUUUAAAACUGAAGUAUCGCUAGGCAUUUCGGGUGAACGUAUCGAAAUAGAUCAACAGAAAAAUGCCAAAUUUUGGACAAAACAACGUGCCGUUAUCUAUCCCAUAGAUGCUGUGGCUCAUUGUGAAAUAGUUGAGAUGCGCACGGUUAAAGCAGUCCUACGCAUAUGGCUCAAAACUGCUUCGGCUAUUAGUUCUAGCGCCUUCAGUGACAAUAAAACUUCUCUUUCAAUACCCGCCCAUUCACCCACUAGUCCCGGUCAUUAUCCUCACUAUUCAUCACCAUUUAAUUUCCUAAAUAAUUCUAGCAGUACUUCGUCAUCAUCAUCACAACAAAUACGCUUCAAACAUUAUGAUUUUGAAACCACUAUACCGAUGGCCGAACAAAUCUAUAAAAAACUUAGCUGUAUCCUUGAUAUGUGUUCAUCAGAUGUACGUAGAGAAUUCUUACAAGUUAAACAACGUAAAUUGGAAAAGAUUCAAGCGAAAAAACAUCUCAAACUUUUGUAGUAUCUAGAUUUUUAUAUUAAAUCCUAUAGAUUUUUAAUAUAUUCCUGCACCGCUGCCCAAUGUUAAUACAUUAUGUCAUAAAUUUUGUUGCCAAAACCAUGAAAAACGGCAACAGACCACAAGUAUCCAUACUAUAAUUAAAUUUAAUUGUAUACUUUUAAGUUUGGUUCUACUUUAAAUCAUAAUUUUUAUAUUUAUAAUAUCGAUAUUCUAUAGAGUUUAAGUAUUAUCAUAAAUUUUCUAUUUUU